AUGCAACAUAUUUCUCUAAAUGGUUGGAAGUCCAACCAUUCAUGUGUUCCUGUAACAAAAAGCAGGCAAACGUUGCAGACUCUGCCCUUUUCUCUGGUAUGGGUUGUUCUGGGCGUGCUCACCUUCCCUUGCUGUGUCCGCUGUCUAAUAUUCAAAGUGGGGAUCGUGGGGCCUUGGGACUGCGACCCUAUUUACUACAAGGCCCUUCCUACUGUAGCUGCCAGGCUCGCUGUCAGCAGAAUCAAUGGAGACCUCAGUCUGGAUCUGGGUCUGACGAUGGACUUCAUCAUCCUUCAGGAGCCUUGUGAAACCUCCAAAGCGCUCACGACUUAUAUUAACUAUGACAAAUCAGCAGAUGCCUUCAUUGGCUCCACCAACCCAGGAUACUGUAUCGCAGCUUCUCUGCUGGCCAAGAACUGGGACAAGGCGCUCUUCUCCUACAGCUGUGUCAGCUAUGAGCUGGACCGGUCCAUUGGGUAUCCAACGUUUGCACGGACGUCACCUUUUCCCAUUGACGUACUGUUCACGAUGUUUAAGCACUACAGGUGGGCCACCUCUGUGGUCAUCUCGUCCAAUGAGGACAUCUGGAUAGACACUGCUGGGAGAGUGGCUGGUGCUCUGAGGAGGAAGGGGCUACCUGUCCCCCUUGUUACAGCUAUGGGUCUGAAUGAAACGGAGCUGGAGGGCACGCUGAGGAAGAUCCAAGAUAUAGGACCUGUGAGAGUCAUUAUAAUGUGCAUGCACUCUGUCCUUUUUGGAGGUGAACCACAGGCCGUUUUUCUCAUAAAAGCACAUAAGAUGGGUAUGACUUCAGGGCGGUAUGUGUUCGUGACCUACGACACUCUGCAAUACAGCGUGCCCUACACCAAUGUCUCCUACUCCCCUCUCCAAAACAACAGCGUCCUGAGGGAGGCCUACGAUGCUGUGCUUACCGUCACCGUAGCAUCAGAGCCGAAGUCCUUCACCGCAGCAUUCACCGCUGCAAUUAGGAGCGGGGAGGUGACGGUGCCGGUGCAGGCAGAGCAGGUGAACCCACUGUUUGGGACCAUCUACAACAGCAUUUACCUGCUGGCCAUGUCCAUCCACAACACCAGGAAAACAGGGAUGCAUGUGUCAGGCUCCAACCUGGCCUACUUCACAAAGAAUACAACGUUCGAUGGAUUCAACCAGAAGGUCUAUGUGGACACAAGUGGAGAAGUUAAGACCAACUACGUCAUUCUGGACUCUGACAGGACAGGAAGUCAGCUCCACCAGGCCUUCAUAGUGGAUCUAAAGUCAGGCGUUCUUCGUUUUGCUGGAAGGUCCAUCCAGUUUCCAGGAGGAUCCCCUCCGGCGGCUGACUCCCGCUGUUGGUUUGAUGAGAAUGUCAUCUGCACUGGAGGUGUGGAGGUGACGUACAUCAUCAUCGUUUUGGGUGUCAUUCUCAGUCUGGGUGUCGCAGGACUCCUCAUAAGUUUCUACAUCAGGAGGAGGCUUCAACAGAUCCAGCUGAUCAAAGGUCCCAACCGGAUCCUUCUGACUUUAGAGGAUCUUACGUUUAUCAACCUGCAGCUCAGGAAAAAGGUGUUCUGA